AUGAAAACCCCCCAAAAGCUCAAUCGCAGCACAUUUCUCAGCCUAUUACUCCUCGCCGUCUUCCGGGCCGAAGCCACCUCCGAUUCCGGCCGGGCCUGUGACGCUUUAGCUUCCUACUACCUAUGGGACAGCGCUACCCUGUCCUUCAUAUCCACAGUCCUCUCGACCACAAUUGACGAAAUCCUCAGCUACAACACCCAAAUCACAGACCCAGACCUCAUCAGCGCCGGCUCCCGGCUGCGCGUGCCCUUCUCGUGCGGCCCGGUGGACGGGCUUUCCGCCGGUCGGUUCAUCUACCGCGUCCGGUCCGCGAACGCCACCUACCAGAGGAUAGCGGGGCUAAUCUACUCGAACCUGACGACGGUUGAAAUGCUGACGAGAUUCAACAGCUACGCGCCGGGGAGCAUCCCGGCCGGCGCCCGGCUGAAUGUGACCGUGAGGUGCUCGUGUGGGGACAGCCACGUGUCGAAAGAUUACGGGCUUUUCGUUACGUAUCCUUUGAGGCCCGGCGAAAGUUUAUCGGGAAUUGCGAGUUGGACCGGGCUUUCGGAGAAGUUGCUGCAGGGUUAUAAUCCGGGCGUGGACUUUGGCAGUGGGAGUGGUUUGGUUUUUAUUCCGGAGAGAGAUAGUAAUGGGACUUAUCCUCCACUGUUAACAAGGUAG